AAUUGGUCAACGGAAAAACAAAGAGGGAAAUGAGACGGAGAGAUAAUCAGUUGAAGAAAAAGUGAAAGACGUGGCUUAAAGGGUGGAGGGAGAGGGUGAGAGAGAGUUAGAGAGAGAGGCAGGGGGAGAUAGAGAAAGGGGCUGAGCCGAGCACAUCAGUGAUCUGAUGCUUUUAGCUGGGGCUGGAGGAACACGUGGGCUGGUUAGUGUCACAUCCCGCUCAUUCGCCAGCAACAGGCAGCGGCUAACGGCGGACUCCCCAGGACGGCACAUCGCGUCGGAACAUACAGACAUAGCUUGUUGCCUUCCACUCUUCGCUCGCACAGAGACUGGAGAGCAGUGCCCUCAUCCUGUGCCCUGAUGCCAACAGAGAAACCUGCCACCAUCUACCACCAUCUCCAUGAACACUGAGGGUGGACCACAUCCCCUUCUGUUUGGAUGAUGAGAAGGUUAUAGUGUUUUUCCUGACAGACAUGAUUUGACUAGUAAAAGUAUAGAGGAUAUAGAAUAGUUGGCUGGACAAACAUCUGACAAUCAUGAAGGUUUUUAGACAGCUCCUCAAAGGAAUCCAGGUUUCUUCUCAGAGGGUAUCGUAACUUCCAGAGGAUGUCACGAGUCUUUCUCCAUCUUGGAUUAUCGCUUCGACUCCAUUCAGGACUUUAGAGGACAAAAACAGUCAAAGAGCCUGACAUCCCAGAGGGAUUUAGCUUCUCGGACUUGGCUGCCGAGCUGAAAAAUGAAUGACAGCAACAACAUGAACAAGUGUGGGAACAUGGACGAUCUGAAUAAGUACCAGCACUUCACGUAUGCGGUGAUCUAUACGGUGAUCCUGGUCCCCGGGCUCAUCGGCAACGUGCUGGCCCUGUGGGUGUUCCAUGCCUACGUGAAGGAGACCAAAAAGGCUGUAAUCUUCAUGAUCAACCUGGCCAUGGCGGACCUGCUCCAGGUUCUCUCGCUGCCAUGGAGGAUCUACUACUACCUGAACAAUUCCUGGGCGUUCGGGCACUUCCUCUGCAUCGUCUGCUUCUACUUGAAGUAUGUCAACAUGUAUGCCAGCAUCUAUUUCCUGGCCUGCAUCAGUAUGCGCCGAUGUAUGCUGAUCAUUUACCCGCUGCGUUAUAGCUCCUCCAGCCGGCGGCUGGACCGCAGCCUCUGCGUAGCUGUCUGGGUGAUGGUCUUCCUGGGCUGCUUGCCCUUCCCGCUGUUGCGGAAGGACCCUGGACCGAACUCGGAGAGCUGCUUUGCGGAACUGCCCAUGAUGGACCUGACGCCGAGCACCGGCGUGGUGCUCAUCUGCAUGGCAGAGCUGCUGGGUUUCUUGCUGCCACUGGGCCUAGUGCUCACCUGCUCCUGGCACACGGUAGCCAGCCUGCGUGAGAAGAACGUGGUGCUGCAGGACAGCGGCGAGAAACGCAAGGCCCUGAAGAUGGUGCUGAGCUGUGCCGCUGUCUUCCUGGUCUGCUUCGCCCCCUACCACCUGACCUUUCCGCUGGACUUCCUGGAGAAGGCCAACACCGUGAAGAACUGCGCCUUUCAAGACUUCAUCCGCCGCUGCCACCCGGUCACGCUCUGCCUGGCCAGCCUCAACUCCUGCCUGGACCCUAUCAUGUACUACUUCACCACCGACGAGUUCAAGCGCAGGCUGUCCAGGCAGGAGCUGCAGGACAGCUUCCCGCUGCGUAGGAUCUCCUGCAUGAGUGAGGAGGCGGCGCUCAGGUCGUAGCACACGGAGGUGUGACUGAGGGCCUGUCAUGUCAGCCCGCCGGAGGACUGACACGUCCCCGUGGUACAGAAGAACGACUGAGUUACAUGCCUCGGAGUCACAGCCUUCAAAGGAAGAAGGUCAGACCUCAGAAGGACUACUUUAAUCUUCAUGGACCAGCCUCCCCUAAACUGUCAUGGCAGCCGGAUUACAUUGUGAUAUUUGAUGAUUUGAUAGAUGGACUCUAAUUACUGUGACUUUUGCCAAGGGAUGGGAAAGCUAUUUUCCCACUUAUUUAAUAUUGUGUGGGCAUUUAUGUCAUAAUGAAGGAUACUGUAACUCAUGCAGUUUCGAUUGUAUCAAUAGACAAUGAGUCAACGGGUGAGCUCAUAAUAAAAUACAAUGGCAACAAAGAAA